UAAGUGCAAUUCAAACACACACACACACACACACACACUCAAAAGUGUGUCUAAGUUCAACAAAUUAUAUUAGAAUAUUUAAUAAAAAUUAAAAUGAUGCAGCACAGCGCACAGCUACUUCCUCUGGCCCUACUGCUGAUCUCCUGUGGAACGGCAUUUGCCUGCCAUGGCAAGCUAAUCGCAUCGGGCAUCAGCACCGAGGAGAGAUCAAUCAUCUUGCAGGAACACAAUCGCCUCAGGCAGCUUGUUGCCACCGGACGCUAUCCAGGCCAGCCGGGUGCCGAGAAUAUGCGGGAGAUCGUCUGGGACGAUGAGCUGGCAGCCCGCGCCCAGCAAUGGGCCGACAAUUGUCAGUUUCGACACGAUCCGCAUCGCACAAUAAAUCGCUUUACCAUGGGCCAAAAUCUGGCUGUUAUAUGGAGCACUGCACCGCUAGAAGCGGAAGAUGGAGACUUUCCAUCGCGCAUUCAGAACUGGUUCAAUGAGGUACAAAAGUAUUCCUUUGGCGAUGCCUGGUCACCCAAGACUGGCCACUACUCACAGCUAGUUUGGGGUGAGACCAGCCUGGUGGGCUGCGGCUUUGCCGAGUACAAGGACAACAUUAAGUUCAAUAAGCUUUACGUGUGCAACUAUGGACCUGGUGGCAACGUUGUCGGCUACAAUCCCUACGAGGUGGGCAAACCGUCGUGUGCUACAUACGGCAUGAAACCCUCGGCACGGUAUCAGGGUCUGUGCGCCGCACCCGGCGCUUCACAGGCGUCUACAAAUAGCGUCUACGGUGGCAACACAAUUGAAACGUAUGAGUACAGCUUCAGCUCAGCUAGUAGCAACAGCAACAGCAACAACAACAACAAUAAGCCGACUAACAACAUUAACAAGAGCCUAUUAGCAAACAGCAAGAGCAACAACCGAAUUCAAAAUAACCCCAAUCAACACUCCUACUCCUCCUCCUCCCAAUUUCCCAAACAGACAGCACCGGCGACGACGUCCAGUGGCAGCUCCUUUGGCACCAAGACACGUGGCGGCAGUCAGGCCUUUACCACGGAGAAUAAUCAGCAGCAGCAGCAGCACUCCGGCAGGUAUAAGCACAAGCUCGAGGCGUAUCGGCCCAGCGCUGCGGAGUUUGAGAAGUCCGUACAAAAACAUACCAUACUACGCACCUUUAUAGAGCAGAGUCCCAACGAGCAGCAGCAGCAGACGGUUGGGGAAUUCGAGCAGCCUGCCAAGGAUGCAGCGGAUGCAGCCAGCGGCACCCCAAAGCCCAGUCGGGGUUGGAGCAUUUUGACCUGGCGUGGUUAGAUAUGUGAAUUGGUCUUUCCCACUGCCAGCCGGCACUGCCAUGCACCCAAUAUGCCGCAGAAUGUAUUAGCUCACCCGCCCAGUAAUUACUACUAUGUAGUGUCAUUAGAACCAUCUUCGAUUCUGAGUUUCCCAACUACCAUCGCAUAGCUUCUCGCGUACUCGUUCUAUAUACAUAUAUAUAGCGAAUAAUAGGCUCUUAAACUUAUUUAAACAUUCCCAUAAACAGAUUGCCAUAUGAUGUAACAUACAUUGUUUUUUAGCAUUAUGAUUUGCUUACUUUGCAAUUUAAUUACAUAUUUUUUAAAUUAUUUAUAUAUAUUGUAUUAUUGGAUAACAUCGAAAAGACCUCCAUCGUUCAGUCAAGCAACUACCGAAUGUUUGUAUCAAAUAUUUGUAACAAAAUUGCAAAUUUAAGUUUUCGUUUUUAAUCGGCGCCUAACAACAACUAGUUAGUUAUAGUAUUGUG